AUGUUUAUCAGAGACUUCGCUAUUUCAGGCCCCAAAGAAGGCCCCGAACUAGGAUUGCGAUGGACGCUCGUGUUCGGCGGUGCUUCAUAUGCUCAUGGUCAUGGAAUAGGCGCAAUUAUCACUUCUCCAAUUGGAUUCCACCUUCCAUAUACUGCUAGAUUAUGCUUUGAUUGCACCAACAAUAUGGCAGAAUAUGAGGCAUGCAUCUAUGGUAUUGAGGCGACCAUCGACUUGAGGAUCAAGAUUCUUGAGGUAUAUGGAGAUUCAACUCUGGUAAUCAGUCAGGUAAAAGGUGAUUGGGAGACUCAGGAUAGCAAUUUGAUACCUUAUCAAGAGCAUAUCAUAAAACUAAUGCCCUACUUUGAUGAAAUAUCUUUUCAUCAUAUUCCCAAGGAAGAAAAUCAGUUAGCAGAUGCUCUAGCUACGUUGGCAUUAAUGUUUAAAGUCAAGUGGAAGAAUAAAGCACCAACUGUCCAUAUUGACCACCUGGAUGAACCAACACAUUGUCCAACAAUCGAGGUAGAUCCUAAUGAUAAGCCCUGGUUCUAUGAAAUAAAUACAUUUACGAAGAAACAACAAUAUUCCGAGGGUAUAUCCUUGAUAAGAAAGCUUUGA